AUCGUCCACUAAGCUUAUCAAUUCCAGCCUACAUUUUCUGGGUUUUCAGUUUUUCAGUUUUCUUUCCAUUUUUAUCAAUAUGGCAAUUUCCUACCACAUUCCACAGCCGCACGCGGCCGCCGGCAAGAGGAAAGGUCACAGAGAAAAUAGUCUUCGAAGGAGGUGUUUGGUAAUGGUAAAACAGCAGAAGACCCGUUUCUACAUCCUUAGACGUUGCAUCUCCAUGCUUCUCUGCUGGCAUGACCACGCUAUUCGCGAUUAAUCGAUUGAUUGGGAAUUUUCUUUUUCUUUUUUCCUUCGCUAUCUUCUGCGACCAUCGGAUUUUAGUCUUAGUGACAGAGCAAAACAGAGCAGACUCAUGAAUCGGAAGCAGCCACAAUUUUGGGCAUUUUCAAGCAUGUGGAUAAGCAGAAUAGGCUGAUGAGAAACGAAACCGUCGUCAAGUUGCCUGUAAUUUUUGAAGAAACGAAUUAGGCUUCACUUGGUCAGAGAUUUCUCUCUAUCUCUAAGCUAUUCAUCUUGAGUUGGGUUGCAGGGAUUCAAAUUUUCCUCUUUCUCUUCAUAAUCAGGAAAAGAGAAAAAGGGAGCUGUUAAUUUUAUUUUUCUGUUUCUUUUUUCUUGUGUAUAGAGAUUAGAAAAUCAAAUAGGGACUCCAAAAGCAUGGGGGUGAGCUUCUUGUUACAUGUAUAAAAUUUGCAAGAGAAAAAUACAAAUUCCAAAGGGGACAGCACAGAAUCGUUAAUUAUUUCCCACCUAUGUGGUUCAUUUGCACUGC